UGUCGUAUCAGGGGACUGAAAAUCGUAGAUUCUGUUAUGAUAAAUAUUUAGUAGGUAGUGAGGAUGUAGUGAGGAUAUUUUCAUAGCUAAAAAUUAUGAAUAGGCGGUCCAAUUUACCUUAUACUAUUAAGCAAAGUUGUUCAGUUUUACGGGUACAGCGGACCAAGGCGUUAGCUGACCCGCCUUAACCGCGCGUUUUUAGAGAAACAAGCGGUUUAGGUGGCUCAGCUAACGCCUUGGCCAACUGUACAAAAAUUAGAAAAUUAUUAUCAACAAACGGGUACUUACAAUAAUAUUUAGAUUAAAGAUUAGAUUAGGAAAGUUUUCAAAGAAAAAUCAUAUCAGUUUACUGUGGGUACUGUAUUAAUAAGUUAAGCAUUAGUUUGAAAAUGAUUUUGUUGGACGAAUAGUGUGUAAGUAAUUUAAUUUUUUUAUUCAGGUUACCAGAAUUCCAAGCAAAGCAGAAUUCCAGCAUUCCAAAUAAUAGUAUGGUGAUGUUCCUGGAUAUAGAUCGAUUUUUAACAAAAAAUGAUUUCCGAAGUCUAAGGGACUUGCAAUGGCCUUGGAGUAUUACACAUUUCUUACUAUCAGAAACAUGUCCCGGGUGUCACACCAUUGUGUCACUUAACAAUAGAGAUUUACAUUUUAUUAAGAUUUACGAAGACAUCAGAUCAUUGCUAUAUCAAGAUUGGUUUUGGUGUGAGAAUUGUAACUACGCAGUUUAUGAUCACUUUCCAAGAGACGAGUGUGAAAUUUGUAGCUAGUACUAGUAUGUAACUAAAUACAUACCUACUUACUACUUAAGUACCUAGCACCACACAAUAUUUAUUAACAUAGUUUCAUGUUUAUGAACAAACACGAUGCCAUUCAAAGUGAUUCAAACUAUGGAACGAGGCUGUCUGCGAUUGACGACUGUCCCAGAGCAGUGGGAAAAAAAUGGUACUUUGUUCUGGCCCAAAACUAACGCGGAAAAACUUAGAAGGCGCGAGAAUUGUUAUCCAGAUCCUACUUGGAGAACUUUUAAUUGUAUUUUGAAAAGAAGCCAUUUACCAACAUUUAAAGACGCAGAAAAUCAAAUAGAUGCAAUGAGUGAUAGGUCCGAUACCGAGACGGAGAAUGAGUAUCGGAACAAUUCGCUAUCUGUAACCACCCAAAGAGAACCGUUGGCUCAUUCUUUUAAUAAAAUGGCGCAGGAGUUGGUAGAGAAUGAUCAAGAAAAUAUUGCUGCUGCUAUGCUAGAAAAGGAAAACAUACCACCGGGUGAAAACUAUGAUGCUGCCGUUAAUAUUGUUCAAACUCUGGAACCAAACUCUUUACCAGAAACAAUUGACCUAGGCUGUGAAAACACAGACAACCAAAGUCAAAACAUUUUGAUAUUAAAUCAAGAUGUACCACUACAGCAAAUUCAAGAGGAUAUACAGGCUCUUAAACAUGAUCUCAAAACAAUUCUUACUAAUCAAAAUGCUUUGUUUGAACUUCAAAACAAAUUACUUUUAAAACAUUCAGAAUUUCAGACCCAAUUCGAGGAAUACAUAAAGCUGUCUUCUAAGCUACCAGCUCAGGAUCGGGAUGAUGGUAUAAAUACCAUAAAAACUUCAAAUGAUUUUGAUGACUUUGAAAGAAACCUGUUAGAUGCAGUAUUUAAAGAAGAUCAUAAAAAAAAAUUACGUGGGUUAUGUAGCAGAGGAUCUGGAAAGGGUACUUCAAAUGCAUACUACCUCAUUGAUCAUUUAUUUGACAGAGAGUUUUUGAAAAGUUGUACAUGGACUGGUUCAUCAAAGAAAGACCCGGUAAAGAUUUGUUUCAAAGCCCGAGAAAGAACAAUAAAUUUUUUCCAUGAUAUUGUGAAGGAAUCAGACGAAACAUUCAGCAAAGCAGAUUGCGAAAAAUUUUUCAAAAUUAUACUCAAAAAUGCUCACCAGCGCUGUGAGAGCAAUAAGAGAGCAUCUUCAGCAAGACAACGUACUAAGGGGAAAAAAACUAAAAAUGAUACUGCUACAACAUCUUCUGUGUGCGCUAUAGAACAGCCAGCUCAAGAAGAUAAUGUUCGUCCUCCACCCGAACCUUUGCUAGAUCAGCCAGUUCCAGCAAUACCUGAAUCCUCAGAACAAAAUCAACUUGAGAAUGUAGAGGUGAUAAACCUGCCCAGUGCUGCUGCUGUGCUGCCGGAAAAUUAAUUACUUAAGUAACAAAAAAAUGUGUUAACUUUCUAGAGUUGCUGUACCUAUGAAACUGAAAUAGUUCUCCAGUUAAAAAAGAAAAAACAGUUAGGUAUUCUACAUAAAAAUUUCUACUACACUCUAGAAACUUCAGAAAUUUAAUGUCAACAGCUACUGAAAGUUCAUGCAAUAAUUUUAUUUGCUGUUUGGAUAACAUAUCUUUGUAGUCCUUUUUUAUUUAUCUAGUGUUUAUUUUUUUAUUUGAAUUUUUGGCUCUUACGAAGCCCUAAAAAUUAUGUUCUUGAAGAAG